AUCUGGCUCAGAGACGGGAGGGCUCAGCUCAAGUCUUGGAGGAGGUUGGAGCCCACGGCACUUCGCCACCCCACUUUUCAUCCACAUUCCUCCGUCCGUCCCGGCCGCAGAGCGCAGCCACACGUGCCACGGUGCGUAAUUACGCACGGACACGACGGAACCGCGGUGUUUAGUGGCGGUGGAAUCCCGCGGACAAAGGAAGACGAGGCUGGAGGGAAUGUAGCUGAAGUUGCGCGCAGGAUUUCGGAGAUAUCAGUUUUGGAGAGCGAGGAACAACAGGACGUACAGACUUAUUUGAGUGGAUUAAAAACCUACACGCAGAUCCUCGGAGCAUGGGAGGAGUUGUCGCCAAGCUGUAAAAUGUACCCGAUACACCGAGAGAGGGAGCAGCCCAUCUUCAGCGCUAGAGCUCAUGUCUUCCAGAUCGACCCGGCCACCAAACGCAACUGGCUGCCGGCCAGUAAACAUGCCGUCACAGUGUCCUUCUUCUACGACGCCAGCCGCAGCGUCUACCGCAUCAUCAGUGUGGGCGGGACUAAGGCCAUCAUCAACAGCACCAUCACCCCCAACAUGACUUUCACCAAAACCUCUCAGAAGUUCGGGCAGUGGGCCGACAGCCGGGCCAACACUGUGUACGGUCUCGGCUUCUCCACGGAGCAGCAGCUGCAGCAGUUUGCAGAACAGUUCAAGGAGGUGAAGGAGGCAGCUCGUCUGGCCAGAGAGAAAUCCCAGGAGAGGUUUGAACUGGCCAACACGGCCCUGAACAUCGCAGCCCCACAGCUCUCCCAGGAGUUGUCAGAGGAACGACAUUCGCCGCCGCUGCUCACAGUCAACGGACCUGGCGAGGAAAAGCUGUUUCGCAGCAAGAGCGCUGAGGUGGAGCUGACGGCAGAGAAGGAGAGAGUUAAGAAGAUGUUGUCAGAAGGGUCCAUGUGUGAGAUAAACCUGGAGGCCGAGCUCUUCACCCUUCAGGACAGUAAUGCCAAGCUGGUGGCGGCUCUGCAGGAAGCCAACAGCAGCGUGGAGCAAUGGAAGAAACAGCUGGCCGAGUACCAGGAGGAGACUGACCGCCUGCGAGACCAGGUGGCAGAGCUGGAGGCCCAGCUGGGGCAUCCUGCUGCCGGUCAGACGGCUAAAGAGGAGCUGAGUCGGUCUGUGGAGGAGCUGGAAGCCCUGCUGAGCACAAAAGAGCAGGAAAUUCACAAUCUGCAGAGCAAGAAAACAGAUGUGAGCGAGCUGGAGAAGGAGAGAGAGGAGGCCAUGCAGAGACUCCAGGAGGUGGAGAGACGAAACACAGAGCUGGAGGACCGGGUUCAGACGGCCGAGAAGACGCUGGCUACCAGUCGGGAGGAACAGGGUCAGGCGGAGGUCGAGGUCCGGCGGGUCAUCGAGGUUCUGGACGUGAAAAUCUGCGACCUGAACGACCUGAGACAGAACCUGGCCAAACUCAUAGACAAAUAACCGCAGCAGGAGUCGGGUUGCAUCUCAACAGUCCUCUAAAGCUGUUUCCUCCAGAGGUGAAAUGGAGGGAAAGUUACAGCAGUUUUAAGAUCAGUGUUACAAGCAGCAGGUAUGAGAACCUCCUUAAAAGUGCUUUGUGCAAGUUAAAACAUCUGUACUAUUAAAACUGGUAUAAUUAUCAUAAACAGGUGACUGUACAGCUAUUUCUUUUUCCGUAUGACAACAGGCUUUAGCUCUUUGACCCCUGGACCUUGGUAAAAGGAUUUUUCCACCAGGGUUUCAUUUAUUUCAUCAACCGCCUUCGCUGCUUUGAAACUGAAAGCUUUAGCUCCCUCUAGUGUUCAAUGCAUGUCGGUCAAAACCUGAACUGGUGACAGAAACUGCAAGAAACUGACCCUGAAGGUGUCAUUUAUUUAUGAUAAUUAUACCAAAUGUCUCAAAGUUAAUGGUUUAAUAACGGUACACCAUUAAAGCACCUUUAAGAACGGCACGAAUGGCACCAAAAUGGAGUAUAAGCUUCAAAAAGUAGACAUUUCAGAUGAGAUAUGAAGCUCGUAUUGUCGUAUUUUGAAUGAAAUAAAAUCACGGGGUCGAUCCCAUCGGUGCUUUAAAAACACACAAACAGAAACCAACAUAUGCAAAAUAAAAUCCUACACAUAAUCAACCAGAAAAAGACAAAGAUCAUGACAUCAGUCCAACAAGUUCAGGUAAAAUACACCCGCAACCCCAUCAUGCAUCAGUCAAAUGGGGGAAAAUAUGAUCAAAAAACGCAAAAAAUAUUAGAUAAAAUACAAGAAAACACACAAGUCUGUUUCCAGGAUUGUGGUGUUUUGUUGGUUUUAGAUCCUCCACAUUAUGCAAAAUACUUCAUGUAACAUUCAAAUGCAUUUACAGAUCAGGAUGGAAGUGAGACAGGAUAUCAGCCUUCAUAAGAGUAUUUAAUAGAACCCAUCGGUCACUGUUCCUGCAGAGCUGGAGGCCUUUCCAUUCAGCCGUAACAGGCAGUAAAACUGUACUUAAGAUGCUGAAUACGUUUCUAAGCAAUCCCAUCUAACCCCCCCCUCCCCCCCAAACACCCAGAUUUCAGCAUAAUUCUGUCUGUGCUUUUAUGGAAUUGAGAGCGGCGCACCCAUAAAUGUUUCACUCGGUGUAUUUUAACGCAAUUCUAGCCCGAGGUUCGUAGAUAAUAUGUAUAUUUUGUGUCAUACUAUCUGUAGAUCUCAAAUGUUAGUGCCAGUAAAACAGUAGUACGGAGUAAAAAAAUGUAAAUGUCUGCUUUUGAAGAACCAUCUUGGUGUCAUUCAGCUGUGGAGAUGCACCCACUGUCCGUCUGGUCAGGCCAAGGACACAUGGAGACGACCUUCAGCAAAACCCGACUGGUUUCACACCAGACAGAAACUCAACACAAAACCAACAGACGGAACCACCUGCUCCCGUUGUGUCCUUUGAAGAUCGCCAGCGUACGACCAUUGUUAGGUUUUUUUUCUCCUUAUUUUUCUAGAGGACCGCCUGUUCCCAGCCUUUACUCUGUUACUCUUUUACUCUGUUACUCAUGUCCGUUGAUACUCAGAGUCUGGACAGAAGUCAACCGUGGCCACCGGCCAAAACGGUGCUGGUAGUUCUGUCCCCUCCACCGGCCACUUUGAUCAGUUUCUUUAAAUGUCACUGUGGCCUCAUGUACACUAAGUGGACAAAAGUAUUGGGACACGUUGGAUUCAGGUGUUUCAACAAAA